AUGUUGGUUCCAGACGGCAGCUAUUCACCCAAGAACUUGGCUGGCAGAGUCUUGCCUACAGCACCAGACCAACAACGCACAAAGCUCGGCAGCAUGGCAUGGCCCACACGCUCCCUCCUACGGAUUGAGCCAGUCUCCCACAAUUCAAGCAUGCUUUUUCGUCCUGAUCUUGGUGGCGACCGCCGCUCCUCGCAGUUACUGUGUCCUCCUCCGAUGGAUCUCCAUGCAUACUGCAACGCUAGGAGAGGCAGUCAGACAAGUACGACGCUAGGUCUUCUACGCAAGACGUAUCUGGCGCGCUUCACUUCCGGCUGCUUCGACAUGGCCUUUCUCAAGAAUGAAGGUGAAGGAUCUGGCGCAGGUGCCUUUUCCAACCUCGUGAUACCUCUCUUUGACGAGAUUGACGGCGACACUGCCACGUUACUGCAAGAUCCCAUGCGACUACAAGACUCACUCGAAUGCAGUGUCUUCCAAGAAGCAUACGUUCUUUCUCUUCGUCGGCCUGCUGCGCAUAACGAUCCUCAGACUGAUAUUUUGAGACGAUGGAUUGCUGCCCUUUUCCUUCUCAGCAUGUCAUUAGAACGCGGCUUGGACUCACACGCUCUGCACCAUGCAAGUAUGGCAAUCUUUUGCUUCAAAUUGCUUGACGUCAAGGCUCGCUACACAGGCGAUCUCCGCAAAUCGCUUGACGCGUCUUUACUGUUCCUCAGUGAAGCAACGUUCCGGUAUUGUGCAAAUGUUGCUUUACUGACUGGUGAGCGUUGUCCGAUUGAGGUGUCUGCCUUGCCCGUGCCUAUUCACCCUCUCGAUCAGCUGAUGCAGCAAACUGUGGCUCAACGCUUACAAGCGUUUGACCUUCUGAAACAGCUUGCUGUAGCGACGCUUCCACCGGAUCGCAGCGGGAUUGCCCGACGCCUCGAGACAACUUUGGCCGAACUCAUGGCUUGUGAUCGUCAAAUUGAUCGCAUCCCGGCUCGACGUCUGCCUCCUAGCCCCCAACAGUCAUUUGGAAGUGUUGGGUAUGAGGGUACUGGCUGGACCGUUGCAGCAAUGCAAGUCGUUGUGGUCAAAGUGCUCAUCACGAGUAUCGUGGAUGGCUUUGAUCGCGAGUCAUUGCUAGUGCAGUACUUUGCGAUGCUGGAUUCAUUGAUCAUGACACUGGCUUCGCCAACACAAGUCAAGGUCACGCUCGACACGACUGGCCUCUUACUACUCGGUGCCAUGAUCCAAGUGGAUGCGCAACGAGGAUGUUUGCUGGAACUGCUGCAGCAAGCACACGCACGAGAUCUCGGAACGGCGUUACGGUUGACGGACGCAAAAAGAAUCUUGCAGCAUGUAUGGCAUUUGCAAGAUUCAAAAGGAACCCUAGAUGCAAUACCAAACUCUCCCUAUUCAGCGGCAUUUCUCCGAGAUAUCUCGAUCAUUCGAGAUGUCCAGGUGGUGUAUGGCGAUGUGAUGGGCGAACGACGGGGCUUGAUUGUCCCAUGA